AGAUCGUUUCAAAAAUGUUUAUUUUAUAAGUUCAAAUUUAAUUAGCUAUUAACAAUCUGUAUGCAAAAUAUACAGAUGUGUUUAAGGCGUAAUUUGGUUACCACGAAUUUCAAUGGACAGUACUGAUGCCAGCCACGAAAAAUGAUUAACUAAGGAAAAAUCUAGAGAUGUCAUGGAUUGCAUGAAAGAAAUCACAACUAAACACUCAGGUGGUAUACACCUAAUAUCUGUUUUGCCCAAAAUGUCUGAAAUUAGAAUUAAUUGUAACAACAGCCAAUUUGUUUGGUUCUGAUGAAAGAUUGACAAAAUAAAAAGACAUGUCAAUCAUAAUAGUGGCACACCCAGUACUAUUCUUGACUGUUGCCAAAAUUCAAAACUUCGCAACCUGCUUAUUUAAUUUUUUUUUCACUCUUUUUUUUAUCUAAAUAGUAUCUAAAUAAUAAAAUUUAGUGAAAUUAAAGUUGGAUGGAAUCUACUCGACUCGAUACGUUUCAAGAUAUUACCAACUUUGACAAUGGUGAAAGAAAAGUGAAAAAAGAGACAGUUGAAACCGAAUCUGGAAAAAGUAUAAAAAAACAGAAAGAAAAUCAAACAAAGAAAAUGUCUGACGAAGAAAAUAUACAUUGUAAUAAUUUUGAAGUAGAAUCAACAUAUUACAACAUUGAUAAAGGAGCUAACAGUUUUAUUGACAAAACGUCUGUCUUGAAAAAUUUAACUAAAAAUGGAGAUAAUGCUUCAGAGAAUGACGGAGAUAGUAAUUCAUUUGAGAACGGUGAAGACAAGGAACUAUCUGAGAAUAAUAAAGAAAGUAAUUCAUUUGAGAAUGAUGAAGGUAAUAAACUGUCUGUGAAUGAUGAAGAUAAUGAACUUGCUUCAUUAGUCUCGUCUGGUUCAAGUAAUGAAAAUAUGUCACAUCACAAACGAAGCUCUCCAUCGCAAAGAAAUGAUAGUAAUGAUGAUGAUGUUGAUGAUGAGUUCGGUAUUGCGAUGUUCGAAUCUAACGAAAAAUUACAAAACUCAAUGAAAAGUGAUCUGAACAAUCAAGAAAAGGUUGACUCUCCCAUCUCUGAAAAAGCACUAAGAAGGCGAGAGAAACGCAGUUCAUGGAUACAAUGUGAUCGUCCUGAAUGUCAAAAAUGGAGAAGAAUUGAUUACGUAGAUGACUUACGAAAUGUAUCUGAUGGUAAAUGGAUAUGUUGCAUGAAUGAAGAUAGCCAACAUAACGACUGUGAUUUAUCACAAGAGUCUUUCCCAGACAUUGGAAGUGAAGACGAGUCGAUCUACACUACAUUUAAACCAGGAACUCUCGUGCUAGGAAAAAUGCCUGGCUAUCCAUGGUGGCCUGGUAUUAUUGAAGAUGAUCCGGACUUUGACAGUUAUUUCUAUUUAGAGCAUAGGAAAGAAAAGACCGUAGUCAGCUAUCAUGUGACGUUUUUUGGCAAAGAUGUAUCCAGAGCUUGGCUUAAUGAAGUUGCAGUUACUAAUUUUGAUGGUCACGAAACUCUUAAAGAUUUAGGAACAAUGUCAAGUGGUGGCAAGCGAUAUGCUCGACAAGUCACGGCUGCACUUGGCGAUGCUAAGAAGGCAAUGGAAUAUUCUUCAGAGAAAAGAUUAAGAAGAUACGGUUUUUUAAAGAGAUACAAAGGAAACGAUAGACCGAAAGAAACAUGUACUGUUGACAAUGAGACGAAAGUGAAGAAAAAUCGUUUUAACAACGGAGUAAAAAAAGAAAAGAAACACAAACAGUCUGAAGAAGUUAUAAAACAGUCACCCACCACAGUUGUCAAAAACGUUGGUGAUAAAGCUGGAGGUUCAACUAAAACAAAAGUUUACAACGGAAAACAAACAGCUCGAAAACUUAAUAAAACUAAAGUCUCAAAAGACGAUUCUUUAAGAGACAAAAAGGAGAAAAAAAGGAAGUCAAAGGAUUAUGAUAGUCGAAAUUUGGUCACAAGUGACAAAAACGGUACAAACAGCGAAUUUGCACGACCCACUGAGGAGGAAAACAGCGAUGCCUUUGACUUUCCUAGUGAUGAUCCGAUUCCAGUUGGUGGAUUGAUAUGUGGUAAUGAUAAUGAAAAACAAGUUAAUUCUGUCAAAACUAAACUUGAUAAGGAGGUGCCCAGUAAUGAACUGACAGACCUUGAAACUCAUACGAAGAACAUGGUUGAGAAAUAUAUAUCUACCGAAGAGCUUGAUAGAAUUGUUUUGUCGAAAGACGAUGUUCAACGUGAAAGGAAAAACAAACUUGAAACUAAAGGAUCAAAGAAGGUUGAAAAUAAAUCUGAACAAAAGACAAAGAUGAAACAACCUAGAAAGGAUGGUUCUGGUGAGCAAACAAAAAGCGGCAGUGUACCUCAUGGUGGUGUUAAGAAGAAGAAAAAGAAUGUUGAGCAACCAAAGAAAAGCAAAACUUCUCCAAAAUCUUCUACAGUAAAAUGUGUGGACACGUGUGCCACUUUUGAGAUGGAUACACAACAAGAUUGUAUUGAUGACGUAACAAAUUCAGAAAAAUUAAGUCUUGAUCAGUCAGACGAUUCUGUCAAAAAAACGUCAGAAGUCCCGAAUAAAAAUAGUGAAAAAGAAAAAUUGAAAGAAAAACCCGUAAAAGAAAAAUCGUCAGAUAAAAAAAUAAAAAAGAAAAAAUCAUUAGAUAAUAAAGAACUGAAAGAAAGCUUUAUUGAUAAAAAGAAAUUCACGCCGAAAAAAGAAAGUGAAGUUGACCAAACAGAAUUGUCAUCCCAGAAGAAGAAAAAGAAAAUACCAAAGCUUGUUAAGGCAAAACUUCCUUCUGUACCUGUGGAGGAGAUCUUGAAACACGAUUCAUCUCAAGCCGAAAAACCUCCACCGAAGCUGAAAAAGUCGUCUUUUAAAGCACCGGUGAAAUCGGAUGCAUGUGAAAAAGUUGCUCCUUCUUUUUCAGCACGGAAGAAGAAAUCGAUCGGUGGAAAACGACCUAUCACGAGAUCGGAGGAUGAGAUUGAGAUAUCAACAGAACCGCCUGUUAAAAAAAUGAUGACUGAAGAAGUUUCGUUGACAGACAGUGCCACCGAAGGAGAUCUUUUCGCGUUGAUGAGUGAUGAAGAGAAAUGCAUUAAAAAAGAAACCAUGUUACACGACUCGCCUGAAUUUUAAAUAUUGUCGCUUGUAAUAUUUCGAUGAUUAACAUUCAACCUUAACUUCGAGUUACUUCUUCACAAUCAAUCGCCGAGUUACUUGUUCACAAUAUCACCGUCUGCUCUUGGUUUAGGUUGUUAAGCUGUCGUCGGUGUUUCUAUUCCAAAACAUUACAGCAAAAAGAAUUCUGUUAUUUAAAAAAGCAGAUCGAUUAACAAGUUUUUUUCGUUCAUACCCAAAGUAAAGUUUCUUUUGCGGACAUGAAUGAAAAAGUGCAUCGCGUAUUUAGGAAUGGUGAUGGUGAAUUUGUAAAUAAAAAGUUAAAUAUGUAAAUACGUUCUUCCAUAUUUUUCAACAAUGUUUUUGGAUACAUGAAGUACCCCAAGUAAUGGCCUACAAAAUUUUGAAGUGUGGCUUAAAUUUCUGUAAAAAUACUCAGAAUUACUUUUUAACUCGAGUUAAAUUUUAAAUUUAGUUAAAAUUUAGUUAAAUUUUAGAUCCAUGAAUGCCUUUCGUUCUUGUGUGGCUUUUAUAUAUUAUAUGUUUAAAGAAACUUAGUACUUUCUGAUUUUCCAGAUAAUUAGUAUAGAAGUUAAGAAAUAUGUGCCCAAAAAAGCAUUUUAAAAAGUGCGCUGUUUUAAUUUUUAAUAAUUUAUAAAUAUAACCUAUAUCCUAUAUAGUUCGA